UGGCGUCGCCGCGCGCUCCUCUCUGCGUUCUCGGAUCAUCGCUUACCAUCUCACGGUUUAUGGACGACGAGGACCAGAUAUUAUGAUAGCACAUUGUCGGGGUUGGUUCUACAACAUUUUCGCCAAAGUGUUCAGUGGAAACCGCUUGAGCUCCAAACCGAGCCGUGAGAGAUAAGAAAAGAAGUUUGCCGGAUACAGGUGCGAUCUCUCUCUAACUCCAGCUGAUGAUCACAGACACAGAUCUGGACUGCCGGAUUCCAGUAGAUCAUAUCAGAUCUCGCGCAAGAUGAAGUCUGCCAGAGCUGGUGAUGAAGGACUCUUCACGGAGAGCUACUGUAACAUCUGCAACGCUCAGCUGAUCUCUGAGUCCCAGCGCGUGGCACACUACGAGAGCAAGAAACACGCCAACAAAGUGCGUCUGUUCUACAUGCUCCACCCAGAAGAUGGAGGUCCACCAUCCAAAAGACUGAGACCAGACAAUCCGGACAGUGCAGAGAAUGAGGUCGACAGAAACAAAUGCUGUACGCUCUGCAACAUGUUCUUCACAUCUGCCAUUGUGGCUCAGUCACACUACCAGGGCAAAACACACGCUAAGAGAGUUCGCUUGGUACUGGGGGAGACGCCAAGUCUGCCUACACCCACAGAGUCAGCCCCGCCCACCCCUCAGACCACAGACCCGCCCCCUCCCUCGUGGCAGCCGCUGGCCAAUCACGGUGAGGCAGGCAAGUACUGCUGCUUGUGUGGCGCCUGGUUUAACAACCCACUGAUGGCACAACAACAUUACGAAGGCAAGAAACACAAGAGAAAUGCGGCGCGGGCGCGACUGUUGGAGCAGCUGGCUGGCAGUCUGGAUGCCAAUGAAAGCACAGGCCUGCGCCGGAGUUACUCGUGCAGCGUUUGCAAGGUAGUGCUGAACUCCAUCGAGCAGUAUCAUGCACAUCUCCAGGGCUCCAAACACCAAAACAACUCAGGAGCACACGGGUCUGGCCUGCUGUGAUUACACAUCCUUUAUCUUCCAGGCAGGCCGGCCCCGGCCUCGCUACAUCACUCGACUGGGCUUUCACCUGAGCUCUGUUUGCUCGUCAGCACUCUUAAGGAGAUAUUUAGUACGUGGCCAGCGGUUGGAUAAGUCAGUGAUUUAGUGCGGGCGAGAGCAGGACUGCUGACAGUGUGGCGUUUUACUACAGACAGUGAGGACAGGGCACAAGAGAGCUCAGGAUUCGGUGUUCGGUGACCCAUUUUCUGGGUGUGACGAUAAUGUGAGUGAAGACACCUUUGUCUCACCCCGUGACAAAAAUGGAAAAAGGGGGAGGGAAAUAGAGGAUGAAAGCAGACGGCAAGAGAAUGAGGCUGCAGAAAGAGGAGGAGGAGGAGGAGGAGGGCAGGAUGCUUGAACAGUCGUGCUGAUUGAUUAGAUGAGAGAGGUGUAAUCGGAGCCCUUCUCGCUGAUGUUUAGACCCUCUCCUCCUGCUAUCGAUCCCUUGGGUUGCCUGGAACAAGAUAGGAGGUUCCAGCUCAUUGGGCUCCCUCUACCUGUGUAAUCACUCUCCCCAACUGCAGUCCCAUUCCUCAGAGGAAACCCAGAAGACAUGGGCUGUGCUCUGGUGGGACAGAGCUGAUCUGUUGAGACAAGACAAGCUCAGGCUUUUCAGCCCGUAACAAAAAAUGACACCGUGUCUUGUCGGGAAUGGGUUAAGAGUGUUACAAUAAGGCAUUAUAUGCAGUUGAGAACACUGUACAGUACACAAGUAUGCAAACGCAGAUGCUUCUAGCUAUGCAAGCUCAAAUGUCA